AUGUACUACACUACAGGACAAAGCGGAGGAAAGAAAUAUAGAAAUAUGCAAACGAUGUUUCCUGAGUAUACAGCAGACAUAAUAAUGAGAUGGGACAAGUGGACAACGAAAGCGCAGACGAGAAAGGAUUUGGCGGGUGUGCCACUGGCGAUGGCUGUUCGUCUGGAUGCGAGCUGGGGCAAUAAAUGGUCCCAGCUCGACGGCGAUCUGAUUUACGGCUUGCCAUUUACAAGCGUCUUUGUUUCGAAACUCGAAGCCGUGUAA